GCUUGGUCUUCUACCACCAUGAACACUAUAUUUUCACUCGCUCAGCGCUUUAUUUUCCCAUUUCAAUGGUAUAAGCCUCUACAAUUUUGCUGCUGUAGUACUAAAGUCCCUCUAGCCUGUUCAUGACCAUUCCUUUGCAGACAAGUGAUCAGGAGUACAGGAAACCUUUACCUCGACUGCCACCAGAAAUAUGGCUGGAAAUCUUUCAGUUCUCAACGUACACCUACCAUUCAAUUGCGCCAAUAGAUCCCUUUACUCAGAAGCGUAUAUCCAACAAUGUCAUGGGUCCCAAUACGCCACUCCUGGCGCAACAAACGAAACGAAACCUAGUCCUCGUCUGUCAAUCCUGGAGACAAAUUGCAACACAGAUUUUGUAUCAUCAUAUUGUUGUUUUGAGUCCUUCUAGAGCAACGAUGAUAUUGCAUGCCCUCGAAAAGCACUCUUAUGCGCUGGAGGUGACAAACGACAAGUCCAAAGUACGAGUUCGAAUAUCGGAGUAUGGCCGUUACGUGAGGCAUUUGGAGAUACACACGCACUCCAGGAGAGCAGAAAGUCCGCGAUACCUCGAAACACUUUCUCGCAUCUUUCAAUAUUGCCCCAAUCUUCGCAUUCUUGAUGGCACAUGGAACCACCCUCUUCCCGUCGAGUUCAUCACUGCGGUCACCAAGCUGUAUGGGGCAACGCUUCGUGAACUGUAUUGGCAGGACCAGAAGGAUACUAGUGUGGUUACGCCCACUCAUUUGGCGUGCUUCCAAGCUCUGCGUGUUCUCGAUUUGCGGGAUUAUUCAGGCUGUGACACCAACGUUAGCUAUGCCGAAGGGCCCACCCUUCCUCUCGUUGACCACCUCAUUCUUUCUACGCGAGCUACGUGCCUCACCGUUGCGACCGAAUUGCAAUUUCCUCGUCUUACUAAACUUACGCUCAGAACCCCAGCCACCGAGCCUGUCGACUCUGAUCUUGCGAUAACUACUUCCUCGAUACAGGUCGCCCGAACGCUUGCCCACGUCAAACCUGCCUUGUUUCUCAAAUCGGGUGUAUGCCCCAAUCUUGAUACCCUCACUUUCGCGGUUACGGCUCCCAUCAUCACCCUCGCCGAUCCUCACCCCACUCUCCGAAGGAUUGGCUUACGCGACGUGCGAGUGGAUGGAUUGUACCCGGACAAGAACUGCAACACCAAGUCCCAUCUGACAUCAUUCAACCGAAAUAUGUUUCCCAAUUUAGAGACGGUGAGGACAGUGGGUUUCCUGGUGGAAGCGGAGACAGAUGCUAUGGUUGAAGACGUCUUCAUCUGGUGGUCCGAGAGAUUUGAAAGCGAUGGUAUUGAUUUUCAAGAUGGUCAAGGGGUCGUAUGGGCCUACGAAGAGGAAAGUGAUAGUGAAUCAUAGACGCGAAGCUGGAUACCACCACGAAUAUUACCUUUAAAUUCGAAUACCGGUUAAGUGGACAACGUGCUAGGCAGCUGACAAUAAUCAGUCAAGGGUCCCGGUCAACGAUAAUCAGCCCGACAAAAUAAGGAACAGGCACUAUCAUUUGGAAGAAGCAUCGU